GGAAGACCUGGCGAGCGUCUGACAGCACGCGCAAGUCACGAGCCCCCCACGCUCCUUGGCGCGCACUGGCCGCCCUCUCUCUCGGUCUCCUGCGCCUCGCUGUCCCCGGACCCCGGACGACCUGGGGUCGCGUACCCCGGGGAGUCUUGGCAGAGCAGUGCCCGAUCGUCGUUGAGACUUGACCGGCGUUCCUCCGCCCUCGGUUCCUCGCCCUCCACCUUCUUGCGGCGCGCAGAGACUCGGGGGAGGCGCGGAGCGAGUGGAUGCAGACGCGAUGGACAGCCGAGCGCUGCCCCGGCCCGCGCCCCCGGCGCCUGGUGUCCCGGGCUGCUGCGCCGCUCGGCGGCGACCGGAGUCCCCAGAGCUGCUGCGCUGCAGCCGCCGGCGGCGGCCCGGCGCGGUGGAUCCCGGCAGUGGAGCGGCGGCCGUGGCGCGGCGCAAUGAGCGCGAGCGCAACCGCGUGAAGCUGGUGAACUUGGGGUUUCAGGCCCUGCGGCAGCACGUGCCGCACGGCGGUGCCAGCAAGAAGUUGAGCAAGGUGGAGACGCUGCGCUCCGCGGUGGAGUACAUCCGCGCCUUGCAGCGCCUGCUGGCGGAGCACGAUGCUGUGCGGGCCGCGUUGGCCGGGGGGCUGCUGGCCCCGGCCGCGCGCCACCCCCUGCCCCGCGCGCCAUCGGGGACCCCCGCCACCGCCGCCUCGCCCUCUUGCGCCUCGUCGUCCCCGGGUCGUGGGCACAGCUCGGAGCCUGGGUCCCCGCGUUCCGCCUACUCGUCGGACGACAGCGGCUGUGAGGGCGCCCUGAGCCCCGCGGAGCGCGAGUUGCUCGACUUCUCUAGCUGGUUAGGGGGCUGCUGAGCGCCCGGCCCCGCAAGCGGCGGGAAGCGCGCUCACCCCUGCGGAGCCAGACGGUUGGAAAGGCACCCGCCUCCGUGUUCCUCGUUCCGCGGGCCAAGCCACCACCGAGCCGGGGAUCCAGCCGACGCUCCCCGGCCAUCCAGCCUGACCCAGGGCUAGUGUGGAAGUGGGUCCAACCUGACCUCCUCUCGCUGGCAGCUUCCUCGGAUCCCAGCCACCCUGUCCGCAGAGACCUUCCACUGGACUGGGGCUGUGGAACCGACAUUUGGAGGUUUGAAGGGGAAAGAGCUUUAUGACCUCGCAGAUUAUGUUUUUUUAUGAACGCAUGGACUUGAACUGCUCAGGGACACUGGCGGUAUGAAGGCUUAUUUUUGUACAAAGAACCCUUAGAUUUAGAACACAAUAAAGAUUGUUUAUUCCC